AUGCUACCAGCCACGGGUCUAUUCCGAACCACUGUUUGUCCUUUUUAUGAGAAAGAUCUCUGUGUCAGGCCUUACUGCCACUUCAAACAUGUAAAGACAGUUCCACCAGCUCCCGUGAAGUACAGUGCUACACCGAAAAGUCUCUUAAAUCAGACGGGAACUACAGAUCAAUCAGAUGGCGGUGAGGAAGUUUUGCGAAAAAAGCCUAAACUCGAGUACAUACCCGUAUCCACGGUGGCGCCUAAGUAUGUACCUUCUAGCUCGACAAAACUACAAGCUUCAAGAAGCAAUGGCGAGAAAACUUCAGAAAAAGAUGAUUCCACCAAAACCAACCAUCAAUCAUCCACUAGCAAGCCACCUGCCAAAGACUCAUUACGGGAAAAUAAUGCUACUAUCAAGACAUCAGCUCAGAACGAAACGCAUCAGUCGAUCAAAACUUCGUCACCCAAAGAAUGUACGCUUGAUGCCAAAAAUGAGAAAGAAUCUAAUUUAUCAAUCAUCGAUAAAAAAUCUGCCCAGGAAACGAAGCAUCGUAGCUCGGAAAAAUCCGACAAGUCUACGACCGAAUCGGAACGAAAGAAAGACUCCAGCCACCAUCAUAGCUCUAGAUCGCGAAAAUCAUCAUCCACAUCUUCGUCACACGAUAAGAAACAUUCUUCGUCUGAGUCAUCCAGCAGAGACAAGUCUUCUAAAUCCAGUAGUAGUAGUAGAAGUUCCAGCAAAAGCAGCAGCAGCAAAAGUAAGCACAGAGAAAAGGAAAAGGAGACCUCCGGAAGUAAGUCUUCUAAGCACUCGUUGGAUCGACCCCAUCACCACAGCUCUUCGGAUAAAACUCGGUCUAGUAGUAAAAGUACUUCAUCUAAGAGCAAUAGUGACAGCAGCAAAAGCAAGAAUAAAAGUUCUUCGAAUAGUAGCACCAGUAACGGAAGCAGAGAAAAAGAACAUAGAUCGUCCUCUUCAUCAACCAAGAAGUCGUCGAAAUCCUCAAGCGUUGCAGAAAUGUCUGAAAAAGUAGAACCACCGGAAACGAAACCACUAGCGGAGGAAAUCUACCAAGAACUGAUCAAUAAUCCUCCAAGUGAUAUCGAUAUAGAUAGCGACGAGGACGAUGUUAUGCAGCAGUGUAAAAUGAUCUUCGAAGAAUAUGAACCAACUGUAACGAAGACGGAAGAUAACGAGGAUAAAUCAAACGUACAUGUUGAGCUGAUCGAUAUGUUCGCCGACAAGUACUACGACGAUAAUCGAAGAAAACGUGUUGCAUAUGAAAAUGCUUGUACCACCUCAAAGCUAACACCGACGGUAGAGAAGAAAACAAAUUACAUUCAGAACGCGAUCAAAUCGGUGUACCUAAGGCAAGAGAUUGUUCGAAAACAACAGGCAGAACUGGAGGCACGUAAACGAGCUGAAGAAGAAGCAAAGCGUGACAUUGAGAAUGAAACACGUAAAAUAAUGAACAAACCAGUUACACCUUCUGCUCCUGUGAACGGUUCAACAGCCACUCCAAUUACUUCAAUUAAUUUUAGCAACAAAUCACCUGAACCAAGUUUUAGUACCCCUAGAGGCCGCUUUACCCCCGCUGUGAACGUGCUAGCUUUCCAGAAAGCAAAGGAGAAGAUCGAUCAAUUGAAAAGGAAUCAGGUCGCAUUCACACCAGCUCAGACGGCUUCAAAAACGGGAUCCCGUGUGGCCCAUACCGUGUCAGCGCUUACAACAAAAGCAGCCUCUACUCCUGCAGCCCAGGCUCCACCGAUUCUGGAACCAUCAUCGAGCAAAAUAUCGUACAAUAUUCGCAUGCAGUAUUACGGGAUGAUGGUGAAGAAUUGUUUAAGUAUUUAUCCCACCUGUGAAGACGCCUGGGAGCGGGCACAAACUGAGGAAUUGGCAGUGAUGAAGAAGUGCAGCACAGCCAAUAUCUACAAGAGCAGCGCGCUGUUGACAAUCAACAAGCUUCGGAAGGAAGCGUUGGAAACGGGAAACCAAGCUGUUGAAAAAAACAAAACCAUAUCGCAUGAUGUAAUUCUGGCCGGAAAAAUGGUCCACAACAUAUCGUGGAGUGUUAAUAAAAAAAUAAAAACGGAAGUGAAAACAUCUGCCUACACGAUAGACAAUGCUGCUGGAACGGUGGCCUACAAAAUGAUACACGAAUGCGUGUUAACCGAGGAGCAACUCCGUUCUAAUGGCUUUCCUCGUGCGACUGACGUUCCUGGGAAGGCCAAAAUUCACACCACGAAACAGCCUCGGCCUCCAAAUGAAAACGAGCGGUACUGCUCGCGCUGUUCGAAGGUGUAUAACUUGGCACUUUACGAUGAGCCCCAGGUGGACACGUGUAAUUACCACCCGAAGAGUACCUGUUAUAGGCGCGGUUUUACGGACAAUGUACACAACUGCUGCCAACAACCAUCCGGCUCUCUCGGUUGCAUGUAUGCCAACUACCAUGUAUCCAGCUAUCUGGAUUACAAUGAUCUUACGGGAUUUGUGAAAACUAUCGCUCCUUCCGAAGAUUAUCAACCUUCGAAAAAGGACGUGUUUGCGCUCGAUUGCGAAAUGUGUUACACAACAGGUGGGCUGGAGUUAACUCGGAUUACUGUAGUCGAUAUUAACGAGAAGACUGUUUACGAUACGCUCGUUAAGCCGCUGAACAAAGUCGUUGACUAUAAUACAAGGUUUUCGGGUAUAACGGAAGAAAUGCUUGAAAAAACUAACACAACGCUGCACAACGUUCAAGCCGUGCUGUUGUCAAUGUUCAACUCGGAAACCAUCCUCAUUGGUCAUAGCCUGGAAAGCGAUUUCAAAGCGCUUAAACUGAUCCACGACGUCGUAGUCGACACAUCCGUGCUAUACCCGCACAAGAUGGGACCACCGAAAAAGCGAGCCCUCAAAACGCUGUGUAUAGAGAAUUUAAAGAAAAUUAUUCAAGAAAAUGAUGCCGGUCAUGACAGUGCUGAGGACUCAGUUGUGUGUAUUCAAUUGAUCAAACACUACCUACGGAAUCGUAUACUGUGA